AUGGCCUCAGACCACCAAACCCCAGCAGGCAAACAAUACCCCCUCAACCCCAAGAUCAUCAUCUUUGAGCAGGAGAACUUCCAAGGCCACUCACAGGAGCUCAGCGGGCCCUGCCCCAACCUGAAGGAGAGCGGCAUGGAAAAGGCAGGCUCCGUCCUGGUGCAGGCUGGCCCCUGGGUGGGCUAUGAACAAGCCAACUGCAAGGGUGAGCAGUUUGUGUUUGAGAAGGGUGAGUACCCCUGCUGGGACUCAUGGGCCAGCAGUUGGAGGAUGGACUCCCUGAGCUCCCUGAAGCCUAUCAAAGUGGACAGCCAAGAGCACAAGAUCACCCUCUAUGAAAACCCCAACUUCACGGGGAAGAAGAUGGAGAUCAUAGAUGAUGACGUGCCCAGCUUCCAUGCCCGUGGCUUCCAGGAGAAGGUGUCCUCCUUGCGGGUGCAGAGCGGCACGUGGGUCGGCUACCAGUAUCCUGGCUACCAUGGGCUGCAGUACCUGCUGGAGAAGGGAGACUACAAGGACAGCACUGACUUUGGGGCCCCCACCCCCCAGGUGCAGUCCGUGCGACGCAUCCGGGACAUGCAGCGGCACCAACGAGGCACCUUCCACCCCUGCAACUAG